GUUACGAAUCUCAGCGCUAACCCAAUCGCCAUCUCGGGGCCCAAGCUCGGAAAAGGCGAGCAUGCCACCCUGAGGCCUGGUACCUGUAUCGAUUUCAUUGGCACGCACUCCGAUGGCUCUGGCCAAACUGUUGUCUACCUGAAGCUGAAGCUUCAGUCUCGGGACCAACCCAGGUCCCAGCGCGAAUACUCGGGUGAAGCUCGAAGCCCCGAGAAGCCUCCAACAGAGCCUCUGCUGGAGGCCUUGGGAGGCGCAGAAGGAAAGAGGGCGCCCGGCGCUCGCAAGGGUUCUGGUCCCUUCUGGUUAGAGCUCGGGGGCUCUGCAGUUCGGCAGACGUUCCCGGACAACCUUCGCAUCAUCGAGGGAUCAGUGGAUGGGCUUCUGGUCGGACGAGCGCACCAGCAGUCGCUCUUCCAGGAGGCCUUUCGGAAGGAGGUGCGCGAGUACCUGAGUCGAGAUCACUUCCGCAUUGACCGCGACAGAGCGGGCCAGUUCAAUCUUGUGGCCCUGAGCGCCAACCCCAUCUGGCGCAUGCGCCAACGCCAGCUGCGCGAGCUGGAACGAGGCGACCCGCCGCUGUCCCUCCUCAACGGAGAUGAGAUUUUCCUCUUUACCGGAGCAUCGGACUGUACGCCUGAUGGUCCCGACAACCUAGGCGUUUUGAAGUGGCGUUUUGCACAAGCUGGCGACCGGUCUGCCCACGAUCCCGUAGUGGAGAAUGACACCAUUCGAUCCAUGCGAAGGCCUAGCCAACAUGAGGCAGAGCAGAGGGGGCGACCUCCGGGGCAUCCACUAGGAGGUUCCCUCAUCGAGAAGGAGAAGAACCGCUACAUGUCUUUGACUGGGCCGACGACGUGCCGCGCGGACAGCGAAAAUCGCGGUCGCCCCAACGUGUCAGCUUCAAGACGGAUCAGGACGAGCGGCCGCGGUCUUUACAGCGCCCCGCAACAGGCUACAUUCGCCAAACGCCACCAGAGGCCCACGACAUUUAUGGUCCCGACGGUCGGCGGCUAG